CACACAAGGGAGGCACACAGGGGCUCUCCCUGCUGCCACCCCUACUUUGGGGAUGGCUGGGGGCUGCUGAGCUGGCACUGCCCUGGGUUAUAAUCCCCACUUAAUUGGGGGGGUUGAAUGGAGUUGGAAGGGUGGUGGGUGCACUGGGGGGCAUAAUGGGUGGCUAAUGGAGGGCUCUAAAGGCAGUGAUGGGGGCAGGGAGCAGGUGCCUUAGAGCCUUAGCUUAGUAGUCCUGACUGAAGAGUGGGGCCCAUGUCACUGGGAUGGGGUGACCCCCCGUUGUAUUGUAGCUAAUAAAAGCUCAGAGGCCUGGCUGAGAUACAGGAAGAGGAUAAAAAAGGUCCUUGUCCCCCAUGCAGCUGGGACCCACAGCCCAGGGGUGUGUGGGGGUGCCAACAGGCUGUGCAAUGAUGGGGUUUCAUUUUGGGUUCAGCAUGCCUGUGCCUGUGUGUGCACAGUACACUAUAGUCCAGGUGUGUGCACUGCGGUAUAGUGCAUGCAGCAUGGCCGUGUGUGUGUCUGUGCACACAGUACACUAUGGUCGAGGGGUGUACAGUGCAGUAUAGUGCUUGCAGCAUGGCUGUGUGUGUGUGGCUGUGUGUGCACAGUACACUAUGGGCCAGGUGUGUGCAGUGCGGUAUUGCGUGCAGCAGAGCUGUGUCUUGGCAAAGCUUUAUGCCACACAGUGUGAUAGUGCGUGUGUGUGCAGUGCGACUGUGUGUUUAUGCUGCAUACAGUGUGUACAAUGUGUGUGUGGUGGCAUGUAUUUAUCCCAGAGAUGACUGUGAGGCAACUGACAUUUGGCAACACUGUAUUUUGAUUGAUAUUUUGCAACAUGGCUGGUGCGUAUGUGAGAGACAUGCAGUUAGUAGGAGGUGCUGUGCAAACAAACAGCCAGAUGGAAAAGAGGGACCGUCCCCCCCAAACGCCUUUCGUUCAGUCCUCCCCCCUCAGCUCACUCACUCAUUGUUGCUUCUAUUCCUCUUCUAACUAACCAUGAACAAAAAGCUGCCUAAAAAUAACACUGCAAGAAACCCCAACCCUCAAUUUACAGCGUGUGGCAGGUUCUCACCAGGGAUCCCUGAUCUUAGGGGGCCGCUGACACAUUGCCCCUGAGCUGGGCAGCACUUGUCUGUGGUGGGACCCCAGGCUGGCAGAGGGGGAGCUGGCCGGCACGGGAGGAGCAGAGAUGAGCGGGACGCUGGACCUGGACAAGGGCUGUACUGUUGAGGAGCUGCUGCAGGGCUGCAUUGAGGCCUUUGACAAUGAGGGGAAGGUGCGGGACCCCCAGCUGGUGCGAAUGUUCCUGAUGAUGCAUCCCUGGUACAUCCCCUCCUCCCAGCUGGCCGCCAAGCUGCUGCACAUCUACCAAGAGUCUCGUAGCUCAGAAAGCAGUUCCCUGCAGGUGAAAACCUGCCACCUGGUGAGGUACUGGAUCUCAGCAUUCCCGGCGGAGUUUGAUUUGAACCCGGAGCUAGCAGAGCAGAUCAAGGAGCUAAAGGAGGUUCUGGGCCGCGAGGGGAACCGGCGUCACAGCAACCUCAUCGACAUUGAGAAUGUCCCUACCUACAAGUGGAAGCGCCAAGUGACCCAGCGCAACCCGGUGGCCCCGAAGAAACGCAAGAUGUCGCUGCUCUUUGACCACCUGGAGUCCUCCGAGCUGGCGGAGCAUCUCACCUACCUGGAGUACCGCUCCUUCUGCAAGAUCCUGUUCCAGGACUAUCACAGCUUCGUCAUGCACGGCUGCACUGUGGACAACCCCAUCCUGGAGCGGUUCAUCACCCUUUUCAACAGCGUCUCACAAUGGGUGCAGCUCAUGGUGCUGAGCAAGCCGACCGCCCAGCAGCGGGCGCAGGUCAUCACCCGCUUCAUCCUGGUGGCGCAGAGACUCCUGCAGCUGCAGAAUUUCAACACGCUGAUGGCCGUGGUGGGGGGGCUGAGUCACAGUUCCAUCUCUCGCCUCAAAGAGACCCACAGCCACGUCAGCUCUGAGACCACCAAGCUGUGGGAGUCCAUGACGGAGCUGGUGACCUCGCUGGGGAACUACAGCCGCUACCGGCGCCGCCUGGCCGAGUGCGUUGGCUUCCGCUUCCCCAUCCUGGGUGUGCACCUCAAGGACCUGGUGGCCGUGCACGUGGCACUGCCUGACUGGCUGGACCGGGCCCACACCCGCGUCAAUGGCACCAAGAUGCAGCAGCUCUUCGGGAUCCUCAACGAGCUGGUGCUGGUGCAGAGCAUCAAACCGCCCUUCGAGGCCAACAUGGACCUCAUCAACCUGCUCACAGUGUCGCUGGAUCAGUACCAGACGGAGGAGGAGAUCUACCAGCUGUCGCUGCAGAGAGAACCCCGGGGCAAGUCGGCCGUGAGUGCGUGUCCGUCCAGCCCCACCUCCUGUUCCCCCCCAAGCCGACCGGCUGACAUAGACGAGUGGGCCUUGGCUGUGAAACCCAAACCGGACCAGACGCUGGUGCGGACACACAUUGAGAAGAUGGUAGAGUCCGUGUUCCGGAAUUUCGAUGUGGAUGGAGACGGCCACAUCUCCCAGGAGGAGUUCAAAAUCAUCCGCAACAACUUCCCCUACCUCUGCAAAUUUGGGGACCUGGAUGAGAACCAGGAUGGCUGCAUCAGCCGGGAGGAGAUGAUCUCGUACUUCAUGAAGUCCAGCGCUGCGGUGGACGGGAAGAUGGGCUUCAUCCACAGCUUCCAGGAGACCACCUUCCUGCACCCUGUGUCCUGCCGUCACUGCAAGAGCCUGAUACUGGGAAUCUACAAACAAGGGUUAAAGUGCCGCUGCUGCGGCGUGAACUGCCACAGGCAGUGCCGGGAGCACCUCUCCCUGGAGUGCCGCAAACGGGCCAAGAGUUUCAGCCUGGCCAGCCCUGCCCACGUCCCCGCCCGCUCCUUCAGCUUCUCACUGCCCCGCCCGGCCUGCAGAUCCCCACACCACACAGAGAUCCGCGAGGAGGAGGUCCAGGAUGUGGAGGACGGGGUUUUCGACGUCCAUUUAUAAAGACAAACACGGUCUGCUCUUCCUCACCAGCUGUGGCUCUUCCUCCCACUCCUCCCAAGCUGGGAUCUCCUGUCCCCCCAAAUCUGCCAGCUGACUUCCCGGCUCCCCCACUGUGGGGUGACACAGAGACGAGGCAAAGGGGCAUCUGAGGAGAGGGUGUAGGGCAAGGGGGAGAGACAGCCCUUCCAGUGGGUGCAGAAGCUGCUCUGGGGGCAAUUGGAUGGGUCCUUUACUGGUUGAGGGGGUGGGGAGGUGGCUGCAUGUCAGGACUCCUGGGUUCUAUUAAUGCGGGAUGGAGACAUGAGUUAACGUGGGGAGGGGGUUGUGAAAUUAGUAAGAUCUCGCCUGACGUCCCUCAAACACAUCCUCAUGCGCUCCAGAAUCAGGGUCCAGUGUGGGUCCACAGGGGGCGGGGUGACUUCCCCUACUCUGGUAGGAGCUGCCUGGGGUAUCCCGCCUGCCCUGCAGGGAAGAGGAGGUUGCCUAGGGGCUGAUGCAUGUGGCUGAUGAUGGAGGGGGAG